AUCAUCCUUGAACAAAAUGUUGGGCGACUAAAGGAGCUUCCAUCGAAAUGGCAGAUAGUCUUUGCCACAAUUAUCCAUUGGAUUAGGCAUUCACAUUGUCGUGUUCGGAGUUAUCAUGUUGACGGAUUAAUAGUCGGCCUUAUUUACCUGUCCAUGAUUGAGCCGCGCGUUGGACGCAUACGUAGCCUAAAGCGUCUGGAUAACAACGCAAGCAAAGCGAAGGACGAUUCAAUGGUGGAUUACGUCACAGCGGCCAGAAACACCUUUAAAUUCCAAGAAAUAGCCGCAAGAAUGCUUUCGCAUGACAUCAACUAUGACCGAGACAUCGUGCACCUUCUGGCAGAGUUUCAAGCUACAUUUUAUUUUGCUCACACACUUCACCGAGUUCUCGACAGCGGUCUUUCGUGUGCAUCCCCUUCAGAUUUUUAUUGGGGAACAUUUAUAUACAACGCCGCGUGUCUCUUCAAAGGCUACGAUCGUUUAGUGUUGGCAGAAAAGUUAUUUGGCGGAACUACAUCUCUGCUAUUUACGACCUUUCAGCAUUACACUGACGUUGUAUACGAGUUGGCACCUGCUCAUCUGGCAAAUUGGACACCCCACGGCCCAAACAAACCAAGGAAACGAACAAGAAAACGUAAAGAUAAAUCAACGACAGCAGAAAAUAAUUCAUCGUCAUCUGGAGAAGAGAGUGCCGCAAGCGAUAAUGAUAUUGAACUGAUUGGUAAUCGCUUCAAUUUGCUCACAGUUACCUAGGUUUUGUGUCAGUUUUACAAAUCCUGCUAUGAAACCAUGUAAUACAAAUAUUUGAAAAGGGGGCGGUACUUCGUCUGAAUCCCUUUCCAUCUGCCUAUGUCAUUCUCUGAUAAGGAGUUGAUAAAGUUACCGGGUUUACUAAAAUUCACCUAGACGCACGAAAAAUUGACCAUCUUUCGUCAUACCUCCUUACAAGUUUGCCACCAAAAAUCAUAGUGAGUCAUGCUCAUCAAAGAAUUCCGAAUCCCAAUGCCGCUGUCCGUUGAGGAAUACCAAUACGGUCAGUUGUAUGCAUUCUCCGUGGAAAGCUUGAACAACACUGGUGGCGGAGAAGGAAUAGAAGUCCUUCGAUCGGAGCCGUUCAAAGAUGUCCUUCUCAACAACAAACGUCACAGUGGCCAGUACACCUACAAAAUUUACCACAUGGGCAGCAAAGCGCCAGGAUUCAUGAAGCAUUUAAUGCCUAAAGGAAGUUUUGAAUUUCACGAGGAGUCUUGGAACGCUUAUCCCUAUUCUAAAACUGUUAUCUCGAACCCAAAAUUUAUGAAGGAAAACUUUCAACUAGUUAUCGAAUCAAUUCAUCACGCCGGUGGACCUGAUGUUGAUAAUAUUUUGGAUCUAUCUGAAGAAAUGUUGAAAUUGAGAGAAGUUGUUCACGUCGAUAUCGCCAACGACAAAAUAUCUUCAAAAGACUACAAGGCCGAUCUCGAUCCUACUAUCUUUCGUUCGAAAAAAACAGGACGAGGACCCUUAACUGGUUCAUGGCUGAAAUCGGUAAACAAGAAUUCACUGAUGACUUGCUAUAAGUUAGUAACAGUAGAGUUCAAAUGGUUCGGACUUCAGGGACGAGUAGAAAAUCACAUUAUGAACACAGAGCAAAGAAUCUUUAAUCUCUUUCACCGUCAGAUUUUCUGUUUACUGGAUGAGUGGUGCAACAUGAGUAUGGAAGAUAUCCGCAAAUUUGAAGACAAAGUCAAAGAGGAAUUAGACAAGCAACUGAAAUAUGGGGAACCUCGAGGAAUGACAGCAGAGUAAACAGAAGUUUUUUAAAUGAAUGCGCGCUGUUACUGUUAAUGUCGAAUCGAAUUUUAUUGAUCCCAGUCAAAGACACUAACUGUCUGUGUUGUAUCAUUUCUUUUAAAUUGCAAACUUGUUACUUUUACUUUCAUGUAAGUAGAUCGAUACAGAAUUAUUGUGGAACAA